AUGAUUCCUCCACCGUUAUGUCUCAAUGAUUAUGAUGAUGAGAGUCAUGUUCAAGAUAAGGAUGAUGCUGAGAUGUCUGGGGAAGAUCAGGAAGAUACCGACGAGAAGUUUGUUGAAAACCCUCAACCAAUGGAAGUCCCUCAACCAACGGAAGUCUCUCAAACAGAAGUCGUUGUUAGCAAAGUGGAAAGUCAGAAGUUGUUGUUAGAUCUGGAUGAUGUUGAUGAGAGUUAUGUUCAAGAUGAGGAUGAUGCUGAGAUGUCUGAGGAAGAUAAGGAAGAUACUAAAAAGAAGUUUGUUGAAAGUCCUCAACCAACGGAAGUCGCUCAAACAGAAGUCGUUGUUAGCACAGUGGGAAAUCUGGAUCCUGCCUCUUCGAAAUUUACUUGGAAGAUUGAGAAUUUUUCUAGGCUGAACCCUAAAGAAAAGCAUCAUUACUCUGAUGUGUUCACUGCUGGCGAUUCUAAAUGGCGUGUGGUGAUGUUUCCCAAGGGAAACAACGUAGAUUACUUGUCGAUGUACCUUUCUGUUGCGGACCCGGAUGAUUUGCCAUAUGGGUGGAGUAGGUGUGCACAGUUCAGUUUGUCAGUCGUCAAUCAAAUCAAUAACGAGGACACAGUGAGAAACGAUGCACUACCGAUGAAAUUUACUGCACGGAGAAGUAACUGUGGUUCUUCAAAUAUCAUGCCUCUUAGUGAACUCUACGACCUUAGCAGAGGGUAUCUCGUUGAUGAUACUUGUAUAGUUGAAACAGAGGUUAUGAUCAGGGAGGAUGACUGGACAUAUGAUUCUCGAAUAGAAACAGGUUACGUUGGUCUUAAGAAUCAGGGUGCAACAUGUUAUUUGAACUCUCUUCUCCAGACUCUAUAUCAUAUUCCAAAUUUCAGGAAGGCAGUAUACCAUAUGCCAACAACUGAGAAUGAUUUUGCUUCAGGAAGCAGCAUCCCUUUGGCUCUGCAGAUUUUGUUUUAUAAGCUUCAGUAUAGUAAGGAUAGUGUCGGAACAAAGGAGCUCACUAAAUCUUUCGGAUGGAAUACGCACCAGUCUUUCACGCAACAUGAUGUGCAGGAACUUAAUAGGGUUCUGUGUGAAAAUCUAGAAAAUAAAAUGAAGGGAACUGCUGUGGAGGGUACUAUACAACACUUGUUUGAAGGUCACCAUAUGAACUACGUUGAAUGCAUCAAUGUGGACUACAAAUCUACCAGAAAGGAGUCAUUUUAUGACAUUCAACUUGAUGUAAAAGGAUAUAAGGAUGUUUAUGCUUCUUUCGACAAGUAUGUGGAAGUGGAGCGUCUUGAAGGUGAUAACAAGUAUCACGCUGAUCAACAGCAUGGUUUGCAGGAUGCAAAGAAGGGUGUCCUUUUCAUUGACUUCCCACCUGUUCUCCAACUCCAUCUAAAACGGUAUGAAUAUAAUAUCAAGCGGGACACUAUGGUAAAGAUAAAUGAUCGCUAUGAAUUCCCCCUACAACUUGAUCUUGACAGAGAGGAUGGCAAAUACUUAUCUCCAGAUGCUGAUAAGAAUGUUCGCAAUCUUUACACACUUCAGGCUAUUUUGGCUCACAGUGGCGGGGGACACAGUGGACACUACUAUGCUCUUAUAAGACCAACAGUCUCAAAGCAAUGGUUUAAAUUUAAUGAUGAGAUGGUAACAAAAGAAGAUAUCAAGCAGGUAUUAGAGGAGCAAUACGGUGGGGAGGCAAGAUAUUCAAAUGCAUAUAUGCUUGUGUAUAUACGUGAAAGUAAUAGAGAUGAAAUUAUUUGUAACGUGGAUGAGAAGGACAUUGCUGAACACCUGAGGAUUAGGUUGAAGAAAGAACAAGAAGAAAAGGAGCGUAAGAAGAAGGAUGAAAAAGAUGCUCACCUGUAUACUAUUAUAAAGGUUGCUCGACAUGAGGACCUUUUGAAACAGAUUGGGAGAGAUAUCUAUUUUGAUCUUGUUGAUCACGAAAAAGUUAGUAGUUUUCGUAUCCAGAAAAAGAUGCCUUUUAACAUCUUCAAGGAGGAGGUUGCUAAAGAGUUUGGUGUUCCCGGGCAAUUUCAGCGGUUUUGGCUAUGGACAAAGCGUGGAUAUGAUUCUUAUCGUCCAGAUCGUCCGUUAACGCUUCAAGAGGAGACACAAUCUGUUGGGCAGUUGAGCCAAUUCUCAUAUAAAGCGGAUGGCCGUGCAGAUCUAAAGCUGUUCUUGGAAAUAGAGAUUGGGACUGAAUUCCAUCCCGUUCCUCCUCCUUGUUAUUGGCGACAUGAAGAUAUUCUUCUCUUUUUCAAGCUUUAUGAUGCUGAAAAGGAAGAAAUUAGGUACGUAGGGAGACUUUUUGUGAAGUGGAGUGGUAAGCCUUUGGAAAUUCUUAAAAAGCUUAAUGAGAUGGCUGGGUUCUUUCCAGACGAUGAAAUAGAACUCUAUAAGGAAUUAUCGUUUGCGCCCACUGCUAAGUGUAAACAAUUAGACAAAAAUCUCACAUUCUCUGCUAGUCGGCUCAUGGAUGGGGACAUUAUUUGCUUCCAGAAACCUGCUUCAGCUGAUAGUUUGACACAAUGCCGCUGUCCUGAUGUAACUUCUUUUCUGGAAGAUGUCAGUAACCGUCGGAAUGUGCAUUUUCGAUCUCUGGAGAAGCCGAUGGAAGAUGAUUUUUGUUUGGAGCUGUCAAAGGUACUAAAAUAUGAUGAUAUCACGGACAGAGUAGCGCUCCAUCUUUGUUUGGAUGACCCAACCAAGAUCAGACUUUUCCGUCAUAACCAUUACUAUCAGCGAAAACAAGAAGCUAUUAGGUACCAAGGUUUUGACCACUUGUCUGAGGUGUUAAUUCAGUUCGGGCGGACAACUGAUAUUAUGUAUUAUGAAGUCUUGGACAUCCCUUUACCUGAGUUGGAAGAGUUGAUAACCCUAAAUGUCGCAUUCCUUCUUUCAACAAAAAAUGAAACGGUCGUUCAUAGUAUUAGACUUCCAAAACAAAGUACAGUCGGUGACCUGAUUAAUGAUCUGAAGAAAAAGGUUGAGCUGUCUCGUCCCGAUGUGGAACUUAGAUUGCUAGUAGUUACCUACCACAAGAUUGGGAAGAUUUUACCGCUUAGUGAAAAGAUUGAAAACAUUGAUCAAUACUGGAAACUACGUGCAGAGGAGAUUCUAGAGGAGGAGAAGAACUUGGGUCCUAAGGAUCUCUUGAUUCAUGUUUAUCACUUCACAAAAGGUGUAUACCAUGAACAGUUUUUUGGGGAACCAUUUUUCUUGGUCAUCCAUGAAGGAGAGACUUUACAUGCAGUCAAAUUGCGCAUUCAGAAGAAAUUGCAGGUUCCUGACGAACAAUUCUCCAAGUGGAAGUUCACAUUUCCGUCAUGGAUGGGUCGACUUGAGUAUCUUAAGGACUCAGAUAUAGUGUCCAAAUGUUUUCAGAGAAGAAGUUAUUUUGGAGUAACAUAUUAUUUUGGACCUCGGGAUCGAUUCCUUGGCUUGGAGCAUUCUGAUAGUUCCCCAAAAAGAAAAUAUGCAGCCACUGAAAGUCUAAAAAUAGGGUAA